UUUUUUAUUUUUUACAUAACUAUGAUUCCUCUCUCCACACUGUUAUCUGCUCACUUUGAAAUUUCUUCUUUAUUACACAAGGAAAAGUACAUUCUUUCAAGCCCAAAUUAGUUAUUAGUCCAAGUGCAGAGGAAUCAAACAGACUCAGACUCUUCCCGUGUCCAGGAGCCAAAAUGACUCAGGCCUUUGUGCUAGUACUUAACUGUAUCCUCUUGUAUUUUAAAUUCACAUCAGUACAUGGCUAGAAGACAAUUUAACAGGCCUCUCAAUACAGAGUAGCUGUGGAGAUCUAUGUUUCAGUGUACCAAUUAUUUAAAUCUGAGCAAGCCAGAUGCAGUGUUGUGUUUUAACUGUUGUCAUUAGAAACUAAACUGUUCGUUUUACUCUUGAUUCUUCCUGAAGUCAUUCUGGCUCUUCAAGGUGAUCCUGAGUAAAGGACGUUGGAGGAUAUUUACCUGUUCCUACGUUGGCCCUCCUCUGCGUGCCCACCUUAUCUCGGCCUUAUAAAUACUGAAUAAGAGAUAACACAUCACACUCUGGAGCGACAUCCAGGGAGUGAGUUUUAGCUUUUUACUUGAAAAAGGGAAUAAGAGAGGGCACAAGACAUUAGCACGAGGGAGAGAAAGGAGAAGCAAAUAUUAUUGUUGGUUUCUUGAGUGAAGUGCAGCAUAGAGGUGAAUAAAGAAAAGAAGAUCCCUGUCAGUACUGCGGAUCCCGGGGAGCACACAGAUUCAACAUGGCCACCUUGAAGGAGAAGAGGACUUGUGGGCAGCGCUGUGAAGACUUUGGCCGCUUUGUGUGGAACUCAGAGAAUGGGACAUUAAUGGGAAGAACACCCGAGAAAUGGGUGUACAUCAGUCUGUAUUAUGUGGCCUUCUAUGUGGUGAUGACGGGCCUCUUUUCUUUGGCCAUCUGGGUGCUCAUGUACACCCUGGAUCCGUACGCUCCGGACUACCAAGACCGACUAAAAUCUCCGGGUGUGAUGGUGUGGCCCGACACUUACUCAGACGAGCAUGUGGUACUCGCCUACAACAGGUCAGACAAAGCCAGCUGGAUGAAGAUGUCCAACAUCCUUCAUAACUUCCUGAAGCCGUACAACGACACCAAGCAGCAAGAAUGUAACAACUACAACUGCACAAAGGGAAAGUACUUCAUCCAGAACACCUUCACUGGCCCGCACCACACCAAGCGGGCGUGCCCCUUCACCCAAAGCAUGCUGGGACCCUGCUCAGGACUUGAGGACCCAACCUUCGGCUAUAACUGCACCAUGCCUUGUGUCAUCAUUAAGAUGAACAGGAUCAUUGGCUUUUUGCCUUCUAAUCAUACCGACAAUCCCCCAUAUGUCAACUGCACCAUACUGGAAGGACAGGAGAAUGUGGCAAAAAUUGAGUAUUUCCCUGAAAGGGGAAUUUUGGAUCCCUCUUACUUUCCAUACUACGGAAAUCUAGCACAGCCUACCUAUAUCAACCCGUUGGUGGCUGUUCGGUUCAACCUGGUCGGAAAGGAAAGUGCCAAGAUCCAGUGCCGAGUGGUCUCUGACAAGAUCAGCUACGAAAACUACUACGACCCCUACGAAGGAAAAGUCAUCUUCACCCUCAACGCACUGAAAUGAGAAAAGCAGAUUAUAACAGAGAGACAGACAGCCGAUAAUCAUGAAACAAGUCAGUUUCAAAGAAGGAGCAGGUGUCUACAGGUCAACGGUGACUCUAUUUUUUAUUUAAUAGCUUUUUAACCACUUGUAUUCAGCUUAACCAGCAUCACUGGCCCACUUGUAAAUCUCUGUGCUGUGUAGUGCUUUUAUAAACAUGAUUUGUCAUGCUUUGUUGAUUAAAUUAUAUUUUGAUCUGUAUUGGGUUUUAUCAUAAAAACCGAUAAAUCUAUUAUGAUAUAUAUGAUGUAACCAGGUGUAUUCUAACAAACUUAACCUCUACCUGUAUGUCACCUCCUGUCUUUUCUUCACAUUCAAAAAUGAAAACACACAGAUCAGAAGAUUUUUUAAAGAGGAACUCAUGUUGGGGAAAAUAGACAGUGAACUACUGUAGAUUUUUAAGUUGGAUUUGGUAGAUAAAAGAGUGCAAAAUGUUUCCUAGAAGGUCAUAAAUGUAGCUUAUGUAUCUUAAAAAAAAACCUUUCUAAAUAAAAAAUGUAUUCCUGUUUCA